AUGGUACAAGCCGGAGCCAGUGAGAUCGAUCCUCUGCAAUGGACCGGAAAUCAAAGAGUUCUUCACUUUGGGCCAAUGGCUCAGAGAGAUCCAUACUUUUACUAUUAUCCUAAAGGAUGGGAUAUUUUGUACCCAGCAACAUUUGGUUUCUUCCCUUACAGAACAUCAAAAUUCCGUGGAUCUUCUUCCCUCAUUUGUUGCACAGCUUUCGGAGUUUUCCUCUUGAUUGGUGGCCUUUUGAUGUCUCUUCUUGGUUUCAAAUAUCUCUACACUUCCCCAUUUUGGACUUGGCCUUAUGAACAACGUAUUCGACCACCUCCUAUUCAAAUCGCUGGACCUAUUCUGUUUGGAUUGGGUUGUAUAUUCUUGUUCGUUUCUUUAAUAUACUUUUUGUGUACAACAAAGCUAUGCGAUCUCUCUUUGCAUCACACGAAGAAGCAUAAUGAUCCGGCGAGAUUAACGACUAUUACUACACAUUAUGCGCCACUACCUCCGAUAUUCGAAAAGGAUCCUUACCAACCACUUCCUCCACCUGCAUAUCCCGUACUGGAAAACAGGCAUGCAAUGACCAAUGUAGUCAAGCCUCAUGAUGAAAAGAAACUUUAUCCUCCUGUAAUCCCUGGAUGCUCCACCCUUUCUCUUCAUCGACGUUCUCCAAACAACAUCUUCGUAGCCAGCCCCUACAAUACACUUCGAGCCACCAGCGUUGGAAGAUAUCAAUCCGGAUUUUUAGAUACAAACUCUAUAAUGGAAAAUCGAUUCGGAUCGAGGCAACCAUCAGUGACAAGUCGACGACAAUCUAGUGAGGCUUCCAGUCAGAAAAGAUCAAAAUCAAUGGGACCAUUACAUCGGACAGGAUCGAAUCGAAGCAAAGGAUCAGGAAGAUCAAGAAGAAGAGAAAACAGCCAAGUUUAG